AUGAUGGCGCCGGCCCCCUUUGAAGCGCACGACCUGGCGCUGGUGCUGAGCUCGCUGCACUCGUACUCGGGCGCGCUCCCUCCCGACUUCUUCUCCCUCCCCCUCCGCAAACGACACCACUUCCUCGCCAUCGACCCCAGCGACCACCGCGAAUUUCUCUCGUGGCCGUCGCCAGACUCAGCGGGGGCCGUCGAUCGGCUCCUUGAAUAUGCGGGCCUCAAUUCCCUGCCGAAUUUCUCCGUGGCGUAUACCGCGGACGCAGAAUCCACGUUUGCCCAUUGCCACCUCCGCUUAAUCCACGACCCCGCAUCUUCCCCGGACCUCCGCCUCGUAUUCCACUGGGAUGACCCGACCCGCCAAUGGAAAUUUCACAACACGGCUCUCAUGCCCUUCCCCCCAGGAGCCGAGCCUUCUCUUUCCCAGUCCACCACCAUGGCCCCCUUCUUGCACGAUGAUUUCCUCCACGAGCCCGAAGCCAUUCGCGUAGACCACGAUCACGAUAACGACGACGCUUACUGGGAUGCUUAUGGCGAUGACGACGAAGAUGCCGCUGCCCCAAGGCGUAUCGCCGCCGAUCUCAAAGCAGAUCAUCAAAACGCCAGCGAAGAUGCCUACUGGGCACAGUACGCGGUCGUGCAGGGCUCCGCAGAUUCUACUCAGCCUUCACCCCUCCCUACCAAACGCAAUAAAUCCAACCAUCUUCCAAACGACCCCUCCCAUCCCCACCUUCAGCCUCAUUCGCGAAACGAACCAAUUGUGUUCUCUCGCUCGCUGUUCAACCCUCUUUCGAAGCUCAACCAAGACUUCCCAUCACCCAAUACCCUUACCGAAAGGCUUAACGCCAUUUCUGCACGUCCGACUGCGUCCCCGCUUGAUGAUCCCGAGUCCGUGCAGUCAUCCGACUUCACUACUGCCACUGAUCCAAUCACCAUGUCUGACUCGGAUUCGACGUCGCCAUCACCACCUCCGGGUCUCGUCAAGCUGGGAGUCAAAUCUGCUGGGUCACCUGAGAGACGCUUACCUGUUGAUCUCAGCGUGGACACCGCUUCUCCACCAUUCCAAAACCUGGGAAGCAGUCCCGGGCCCGCUUCCAAAGAGAAACAGUUUCCAUUAGCCGGACAGGCUAUGGGAAGUUGUGGUGACGAGGGUGCAGAAGCUGUAAAAGAAAGCAUUCGGGGAAUAUACCGUCUGUGGAAAGCGGGCAAGCUUCAGGCGCCACCUAACGGCAUCGCGACGUCAUCUGAGCAGGACGUCUUCAUCAAUUUAGUUCGUCAAGCAAUUCAAGAACCUUAA